AUGGACUUGCUUGAGAAGGACGUUCAGGACACUUUAUUAGUCAAACCCUUCAACGUUGGAGCACAUCUUCGACUAUCCACACCUUUCAUACCUCAGUCGAACAUUCGAUCUUGUCUAUUUGCCAUUUCGAAUCAAUUCGGAUGGGCGAUUAUAGCUAUUCAAUCUUUCGAAAAUGAUCAAUCUGGUCCUGCAUUUAUACUCACUCGCGUUGAAAAACUUUCACAAAGUUUAAAAAAUGCAGAACCACAUGUCAAUACUUGGAUCACCUCACAAGACGCCCAUGUUACGAUACCGAUCUCAACUUUUUGUGACCCGAAUUCAGUGUUUCUGACUCACUUGGCGUUCGCUGCUUCCGAUCGUUUGAUUGUGGCUGCUACUUCUGAUGGGACUUUAUCAAUUUUCUCAUUACAAAAUCUUAUAAGCAAGACCAACAUCACUCCAUUACGAAAGUUAACUGCUCAUUCGAAUAUUCCAGUUCAAGCUUUGAUUCCUAACCCGGCACCUGGUGGAAGUUUUUCGGGAUUGAUAGCUGUGGUCUACGCCGAUUCAACUAUCAGAGUACUUGAUUUAUACGAUGUUCAAAAGGUUCAUUGGGAAGCUCAAUCAAUUACUGCCGCUGAAUGGAGUCCUAUGGGCAAACGACUAAUUGUGGGCUACAAAGACGGAAAACUCGAAUAUUUCACACAUGAUGGGCAAUCCAAGGGAGUGAUCGAAGCUCCAGCACAGGCGGAAGGUAUGGAGGGAUGA